CUCCCUAGUUAUUCUAUUUUUGAAUAUGCAUUCUCUUCCUUCUUCUUUUUUCCUUUGUGAAAAAUCAAAGUAUUCCAGGAAAUCAAAUUUGAAUAUUUAGGUAGGUGUCUUGGCUGAGUCUGUGGAAAAUCUUGGUUUCCAAGCAGCUGACCCCAUAUGUAUACGGAUGAAGAGAGACAGGUCAACACGAGGUAACAUCCUUGGAAGACUAAGCUUCUAUAAAAAGAAGCAAUCUCCAAAUGUUGAAGCAGAAUUCCACAGAAAGAAAUAUUAAAAAAAAUUCAGAGUAGAGAAAAGAUGCGUUCAUACAUAGAAAGAUUCAUACACUGGAUUUCUUUUUGGAAAGAGGACGUUUCAUGUACACUCCCCACCACCAAGCAAAAGAUAGUCUACAAGGUGCAAAUAAAGUCUGAGAAAUACAAAACCAAGGCCUUGAAGACUGCUGCAAAGGCCAAAGGUGUGAGCAACGUUUCCAUAGAAGUAGAGAAAGAGCUAGUGGAGGUGACUGGAGUUGGAGUUGAUUCCGUUUGCUUGGCCAAGUCAUUGCAGAAGAAGCUUGGCUACGCCACCAUAGUAAGCGUCGGAGAAGCGAAGAAAGAGGACAAGAAAGGGGACAAGAAAGAGGAGAUAAAGCCAAUUCAAUGGGCAUCAACCUAUUUUCCCCGUCCAAUGUUUCCUGUGUACUAUGACUCUGACGGAAACCUGAUAUUAAACUAAGCACUGUUAAUCUGGAGACUCUUGUACAGACUACAGUUGUCUACAAUGGACCUUUGCCUUUCUACGUAUGGCAAAAGGGCAAACAUUUGCUAUGUUAACGUGAUUGUUGUUGAAGUUUUGUCCAUUC